AAGGAAUGUGCUUGCGUUGCGCAGGAAACCGCUAGUUUCGGAAGACAAAUGCGGUGGCUGCACUGUGAACCGUAGUAAAGUCACAAUUUAAUGGAAAGCCACCAGAAGAACAUUUAAAAACAUAUCGUUAUAAAACCUUUCCCAGCAGCCACUUGGAGUAUUCUUUUGUGGAGCGGGGUCAUAAAUCGUUUAUCUGAGGACUUGGGUUUUAUAUUUCACUCAGCGACCGUUGGUUGACUUUUGUCACACUGUGUGUCAGUAUUCAAACCUACUUUGCAAGUCUUUUUUUUCGUCAGGAAAGAGGAUUACGCUUUGAAGAUGUCCGUGGCGGGCUUAAAGAAACAGUUUUACAAAGCUAGCCAGAUGGUGAGUGAGAAGGUUGGUGGUGCUGAGGGAACUAAACUGGACGAGGAGUUCAAGGACCUCGAGAGAAAAGUCGAUGUGACAAAUAAAGCUGUGAUAGAAGUCAUCUCUAAAACAUCAGAGUACCUGCAGCCCAAUCCAGCAUCUCGUGCAAAGCUCUCCAUGUUGAACACAAUGUCUAAGAUUAGAGGGCAGGUGAAGAGUCCAGGUUAUCCACAGGCAGAGGGGCUGCUGGGAGAAUGCAUGGCGAAGUAUGGCAGAGAACUCGGAGAGGAGACAAACUUUGGUGGUGCUCUAGUUGACGUUGGUGAAAGUAUGAAGAGGCUAGCAGAGGUGAAGGAUUCAUUGGACAUUGAUGUCAAACAGAAUUUCAUCGACCCUUUACAAGGCCUGGCUGACAAGGACUUGAGAGAAAUACAGCACCAUUUGAAAAAGCUUGAAGGGCGCAGGCUGGAUUAUGACUAUAAGAAGAAACGUCAGGGGAAAAUUCCAGAUGAAGAGGUCAGGCAGGCUCUGGAGAAGUUUCAUGAAUCUAAGGAAGUGGCUGAGAUCAGCAUGUACAAUCUUCUGGAAACUGAUAUUGAGCAGGUGAGCCAGCUGUCGUCACUGGUUGAGUCUCAACUGCAGUACCACAGGCAGGCUGUUCAGGUCCUGGAGGAACUCUCUGACAAACUCCAAGACAGGAUGAAAGAUGCUCAGUCACGUCCUUGUAAAGAGUAUGUGCCCAAGCCCAAGCCUAUAAUUGACUUUGGAGAGACCAACGAACAGUCAAACGGUGGCUUCACCCCAACAUCUGCUCCACCCAUGCGCAAUGCAGAGCCAUACCGCCAGUUUGGCAGAAUAUCCAUGUGGAAACCCAGAUUGCCAACGGAGCAGCCAUGCUGUAAGGCGCUCUAUGACUUCGAACCGGAGAAUGAAGGUGAAUUGGGCUUCCGCGAGGGUGACAUCAUCAAUCUGACCAAUCAGAUCGAUGAAAACUGGUAUGAAGGCAUGCUGCGUGGCCAAUCUGGAUUCUUCCCUCUCAACUACGUGGAGGUGAUCGUUCCUCUGCCACACUAAGAGGUCUUCAUUGAGGAAAAGAGGGGGAGAGAGAGAAAGAGCAAUAAAAAAGUGCAAGGGAGAAAGCUGGAGGGAAGUGAGGUAGGGAGAAAGGAACCAGUUGAAGUCAUCUUGGUCUUCAUCCUCACCACAUUGUUGCCGUUGAUCCAAAUGUACCUGUACUCUGGCACUUUUACACAUUGAUUUAUUUUUUGAAGGACGCAACUUUGGGAAAUGAUGACCUUUCACAUUCCAGGACUGACUGACUGACCGGUUGACUGACAUAUGGACAGUAUAACCUGGUGCUUGAGCUACAAUUUCAGACACACUAACUCGCUUCAUUGUCCAGGUCUUUUAAUAAUGUCUCAUACUGUUUGUGCUGCAUUAACCAAAAAGAAAUGACUACAGACUAUGAUGUCCCUUUGAUAAAACGAUCAUACUUCUAAAGAGUAGACUGACUAUUCUUAAUCAGUACAAAUUCUCAAUAGUUGGAUUGCGAAAAGUUGCAUUUUGACUCAACUGGUCCCCUUACUGCCCCUGCUGGUCAGGCUGCAACAUUGACCUUCCUCAGAUUAGAGAAAACUGCCUUGUAUCUGUGAUGAACACGUAAGCACUGUGGGACUGUGCGUAUAGUGUCCCAAUGUGCAGCAAUCCUGAGCCACAGACCUGUAGAGAGUAAUCAGUCCUUUUGUACGCUCCAUUAUUUUAACAUUUUUCUAUAGCUAUUUGUCAUCUAAUAUGUUUUCAUGUAUGUUUAUUACAAGAUAAAAGAAAUUAGAUGCUGAAUUGCACCUUGCAUUAUGUCAUAAAGGUGAGCGAAAACACCUAAGGGAUGUGUUGCGUCACGUAGAGAAGGUUUUACUGCACUACAACUGUUUUGAAACACUUUGUGCAGCCCUUACAACUUCUAACACACUAAGGGCUGCAGACAAACCAUUUACAAACCAAAUAGUUCUUUAAUACCUGAGUAAUAGAGUCUUCCUCUCUCUUUCUCCUCUUUUAAUGUCAGUUUACAGUAGUCUCUACAUCUGAUGCUGCUGGCAGUGUCCCAUUAUUUCAGGUGUGUAUAUGUGGGUGUGUUUAGGGUGGAUGUUGGCUCAUAAGCCCCGUAUUAGUCUAAUUAACACAGAAUAUUUUGAUAUUAAAAAAUAAAUCUUCCCAUUUUCAGAAGAGAAGGGAUGGUGCUACAUCUCUUGCUCUCCUCCAUCAUCUGCAAUGUAUUUUUAGAGCUUUAAAAGUGGUUGAAGUGGUUUUCUUCAUUUUUCAUCAGUGUCUUUAGGAUGUUUUUUUCAAAUACUGUACCAUCACACUCCAUAAAAGCAUGAACCUACAAACCAUCCACCCAACUCCAAGCUCCCGACUACAGCACCUCUGUGUCCUUUUCCUUCCAACAUCUGUUUACAUGUCUUGUCCAAGUUUUUUUUUGCUUACCGUAACAGACUGUUGUAGAUGUGCUGAAGCAGACAGGCUACGAUCACUGUUUCAUUGUGAAAAGAGUUUUAGUGCCUUUUUGAUGGCAAGAAUGGAUCUAGAAAACCAAACAAAAUAUGAAUUAUGAUUUUCGAGCUAAUAUGUAGUUUUGUCUGUCCUUUUUCUUCGUUUACAAAGGGCUUGUUGGUUUCAGUAUUUGGCAUGAGCUGUGACCCAGAAGUACAAGCAUGUGUACAGAUGUGCCUUUGCAACACUACAACUUUAAGAAGACAGCAAAUGGGUUAUUUAGAUCUAAUCAAACGAGGGUACCAGAAUGAUUUUCAUGAAAAUAAAUCAUUCUGGUACUGUUCUUUUUAGUAUUAUAUUAUUUUUUUUAUAUAUGCAUACAAAACCAUUCAACCUUUUUAUUAAUGAUUUUUGCAUGUUAGUUUAAUAGCAGGCUGGUGUAUGUUGUAGUUUUAAAGUCUCCUCUUGUAUGUUUCAGAUUUAACUGCAUUAUUGUUAUUCUUAAAUAUCCCAAACCCUAAAUAUUUGUAUCUUAUUGUCUCCACUCAUCUUUAAGUAAAUAAAUUCAAGAAAGUAAUCUA